AUAUAUUUUCACUGCCACUUUACUUAUUUGAGAAUGCUUUUCUUCUCUGCAAAUUAUUUGAAGCAUGUAUUGUGUGAUAAAGUUUUUGAAGAAAACUUGUCUCAUAUUAAUUGCAUUUUUUUUUUUUUUUGGAAAGUAGGUUUCGUAAUGACAUGGAUGUACUAAAUUGUAGUUUUCACCAUUUUUAAUUGUCUUUAUGUCUAGUCAUUUUGUUGUUCUCUAUAACUAUACUUUGUUAAAUUUGCAGUCCCUGAUUUAAUCUACUUAACCAUGCAUAAAAUUAGGAUUCGAAACUAUUAGGAUUGCAUUGCAAUUGUCUGCAUUGUAUAUGUCUGCAUUGCAUAUAUGCCCUUCUUUAUUUGUCUGCAUUGCAUUCAAUUCUCUUCUAAUCUGUCAAAAACAAUAUUUUAAAACGGGAUUCAUGAUAUAGAAAUGUGGCAUGUGGAAGCCAAGGGACUGUUUAGCUUGACUUAUGUUUAUGGUGCAAGUUCAAGCAUAUAUUCACCUUAACUGCAGCAGGUGCAACCCCAGAACUGCAACAGGUGCAGCUUAACUGCAGUUCAAGCAUAUAUUCAGCUUUCAUCCAUGUAAAGGUUCUGAAAUGUAUGGGUUGCUUUGUGUAGGUUGUAUUGACAUCUGCAACUCUGCCUCAUGAAAUUUUGGAGAUAACAAACAUGUUUAUGACAGAUCCUGUUAGAAUACUCGUGAAGCGUGAUGAGUUGACCUUGGAGAGUAAGGCUUAUGAGGUUCUCCUCAAGGCCCAUGAGGCAGCGAUAGGUUCAUUGAAGGCUGGGAAUAAGGUCAGUGCUGUUUACCAAGCAGCAGUCUCGGUGGUAGAGAGGGAUGCUCCUGAAUUUGCCUCUCAUCUUACAAAGUCAGCAGGAACGGGAAUUGGUCUCGAGUUCCACACCAUUAUUGUCAAUGAAAAAGCUGCAGAAGUUGUGACUUCAAUCAACUCCAAGUUAGUUAAGGAUGUUGCAUACUCAUUCAAUGAGGAAGAGGAGGAGGAAGAAGAGCGUCCAAAGGUCAAAGCAGAAUCCAAUGGAGCUGAGGCAUUCUUGUCAAAAGCGACUCAUACAUUUAGGUUUCUGUGGCUUCUCAUACAUUUAGCUUUCUGUGGCUUGAAAAUUUUAUACUUAAGGGGCCUUAUCGAUUGUCAGCUUAAUGCUACUGCUGUUGAGACUCACUUUUUGUUUGCAGGGAUUUCACAAAUCCGUCGUUGCCAUCUGAUCGGACAAGCAGAUCCUCUCUGGUAGUUUUGCACUGAAGAAGCAAAUGAUGGAUGAAAGAAGAUUCUCCAAAUUGCAUCUGAAUUUGCAACACCUCUUGCAGGUAUUUUCUCAAUGUCUAUACACAUUGCCUUAGAGAAAAAUAUGUACAAAAGGUGCUUACCCAAUCACAAGGGAAGCACACUAAAUAGGAAAACUCCACAAACAUCACUACUCGUGGCUGCACCUAGCACAUGUGGGACAUCUAAGCUAACUGUAAGGUGUGACUGACUAUGUAGAUGACCUAGUCUAGAAAUUAGGUGGAUCACUCAUCAGGGAGCCACUUGUGUGUGUGAACGUGGACCAUUGGGAAAUUGUUUAUGAAUGUGAAAACCAAAGUAGCCCCUGUAUUGUGAAUGUUAUCCAUCCAAGUGGGGCCCAAUAGAGUAAUGAUCCCAGAUUUACUAAAAAAAAAAAAAAAAAAAAAAAAAACCAAGCCUAUGGACAGGCUUAUAUAUUAUAUUGAUGAAGUAGAUCCGGAUGUGCGUCGGAGCUAUCCGGAUGUUGAGCGGGGGUCCCUAGAAGGUAGGAACUGCUGUUAUGAC